GAUUCGACAGAUAGGAGACAUGGAAUCGAUAUUAAAUUUCCGCGACGUGGGAGAAUCAGUUAUUGAAUUCAGUGAGGAAAAUGUUGGGAAGAUUAAAGCCGGUGUUUUGUUUCGCAGCGGGGAGCCAGACGAUGCGACCGUGAGAGAUACCGAAAAUUUAUUGAAGCUCGAUAUUCGUACAAUCAUUGAUUUGCGAUCAGGAUCACACGAAGGUCGAAAGUCAUCCAUUGAUUAUCCUCGCGUUGACUAUUCCACGAUUAACGGGGAUAAGGUGUUUGACAGUGACCCUGAAGACAGUUAUGUUAAGGCACCACGAAGGACUGUAAACAUCAAUUUUCCUGGAAAGAAAUUUCAAAGAAAAAUAACAUCUUCCGCUCCUUUUUUGACAAGAAUGAAAAUAAUUUUUUAUACCUUAACUGGCAACCGAGUUAAGGCUGCUAAGACGAUGACGCAAGUCUUGGCGCCAAGGGGGUUGGUGGGAAUGUACAAAAAUAUUCUGGAAUCUUGUGAUGACCAGAUCGUCAAGAUUCUUGAAAUCAUGAAAGACAAAUCGAAUUUUCCAAUAUUGGUACACUGCAAACACGGAAAGGAUAGCACUGGAGUCAUAAUUGUAACGUCGCAUCCUUUUAAAACCUUAGCGGUCACACUUUCUUUGUGUGGAGUAGAUGACGAGAUAAUAGUUCAAGAUUAUGCGACUUCACAAAUACACUUGACUUCGGUGCAUCACUCAAUGAUGAAGGAUAUGGAGAGAAUUGGCCUGCCAGAAUGUUUUGCCAAAGUGUCCCCCAAGAUAAUGAAAGAUCUACUGUUAUAUAUAAGGUCGACGUAUGGUUCCACUCAAGAUUAUUUGGUCAAGAUUGGAUUCGAUUUGGAAAACCAAAAGUUGGUUCGACAAAAUUUAUUGGAAAAUAAUAGUCGCACGGUAUCCCCGAUAACUUAA